CAUAAAAGCUCUGAGAAAAUUAGACUAUAAAUUUGAUGUCAUUUCGGCCAUUGCUUUUAGUUGAGUUGCCAUCGAUUGAUGGGGAAAUUUAGAAGGUUUCCUCUUUUGUUGAAUAAAUAAUUUUAAAAAGUAAUUGGGACACAUCUUGGAUCGAAACUUUGGUAAUUAGACUAAAAGGCUCGGAAAGCGGUAAGGAUGGAGUAUUUCAGUUCGGAAUGUUUAGCCAGAAGUGCUGGUCCUGGCAAUCAGUUGAUAUCUACACUUAUUGCUUCCCUGGUGACUAUGCAUUGUAAUAUGUCCCACCCAAGCAUGUGGCCCAAAGAUUAUGGACCAACAGCUUUAGAAAUUGGACUGGAACCUUACGAUUUUAUUGUAAUCGGAGGAGGAACAUCCGGAUCCGUAGUGGCUAGUCGAUUGAGUGAAAAUCCGGAAUUCAAAGUGCUAUUAUUGGAGGCUGGAGGAGAUCCUCCCAUCGAAUCAGAGAUUCCCGGCUUGACAUACAAAGUAUUCCACACUGAAGGCGACUGGCAAUACAAAACAACUUCCAAUCAACUCUCCUGCAUGGCAAUGCAAGAUGAGUCUUGUGUUUGGAAUCGUGGUAAAACCCUCGGGGGUACCAGCUCAAUGGAUUCAAUGCUCUACUCACGAGGUGUAUCACGUGACUACGACUACUGGGAACAUAGAGGCAAUUCAAUGUGGAGCUGGCGUGAUAUCCUUCCAUACUUCAGGAAGCUUGAAAAUUUCCGUGGCCCAAAUCAAUUCAAUACACUCGGAACUAAAGGACCUGUAAAUAUUGAAGCAUUUUGGUCACCAAAAGAUGACCAGAAUAUGAUCCUGGAAGCUGCUAAUGAGUUGGGUUAUAAAUUGGUCAAUGAUUUCCUUCAUGAUGAUUAUUCUCCGUGUUACGGAUGGCACUAUGGGAUGGGAAAGGAUGGAUGGCGAAUGAGUUCGGCCAAGGCUUAUUUGAGUGGCGAGAAAGGCAAUCGGCCAAAUCUCCAUGUUAUCAAAUAUGCAGUUGCAAAAGAGAUUGGAUUUACCAAGAACAAGAAGGCGGAGAAAGUUUCAUUUGUGUAUAAUGGAGAGCAUAACUUGGAAGCUAAAGCAAAAAGGGAAAUCAUAGUCUCAGCAGGACCGAUUGAAACUCCAAAACUGCUCAUGCUCUCAGGAAUAGGCCCAUCGACCAUACUCAAAAAUCAAGGUAUUACAGUCAUCAAAGAUUUGCAAGUUGGUGAUAACCUUCAAGAUCAUGCCAGGGUCGAUUUGUUCUGUAAGUUCUCCCAGCGAUUCACCCAACCAGCCGAAAUUCGAAAACUAGACGCUAUAUUCAAUCAGGUUGUCCACCGAUUUGGUUCAUAUGGAGCCCCAACGUUGGACGUUGGAGGUUUCAUCAACACAAAAAAUAGCAGCCGCUACCCCGAUAUCCAAUUCGCCUUCAUACCAGUUGCAAACAUCUCUGAUUAUGCAAGACACUAUAAAGAGACCACCCUGCGAGGUUUGGUGCGGGAGGUCCGUGACACUGACAAGGUUAUAGUGUGCUCUGUAAUCUUGUUACGACCAAAGUCCAGAGGACAUGUUCGACUUCAAAGCAGUGACUACCGUGAGCAGCCUUUGAUUAUCCCAAAUACCUUCCAGAAGGACGUUGACGUAGAAACUAUGAUUCAAGGCAUCAAACAGAUAUUGCGGCUCGAGGAGACUGAAACUUUCCAUCAAUUCCACGCGAAGUUCAUCAAAGUUCGUAUUCCAGCUUGCAAUAAUGAGCGGUAUCGAACUGUUAGAUAUUGGGAAUGCUAUGUGAAGCACAUGUCUAAUACUUUCUACCAACCAGCUGGGACUGCAAAAAUGGGUCCCUCGUCGGAUCCUAAUAGUGUUGUUGACGCGGAAAUGCGAGUUCGUGGAGUUAGAGGAUUGAGGGUUGUUGAUGCUAGUAUCAUGCCGACAAUGGUUAGUGGACCUAUAACUGGACCAACUAUUAUGAUUGGAGAGAAGGGAGCGGAUUCGAUUAUUGAAGGAUGGAAGGAUUUUCAGUAGUAAAUGAUAUUUGAAUUGUUGUUAGAUAUUGUACAUAAUUUGAAUUGUUAUUUCAAUGAAUAAAAUUAUAAUGUUUUAAAUGAU